GUCGUCGCGGAACCGAUGACAUAAACUUCAAGCUCCCGGAAGCGGGUUCUUAACAGCGCUGCCGAGGCGUGAGGAUGGCGUGUCGCGGGCGGAGGCCAGAGCACGGCGGACCCCCGGAGCUGUUUUACGACCAGAAUGAAGCCCAGAAAUAUAUGCGCAAUUCCCGGAUGAUCGACAUCCAGACCAAGAUGACCGCCCGCGCACUGGAGCUGCUUUGUCUGCCUGAGGGCCAGCCCUGCUACCUGCUGGACAUUGGCUGUGGCACAGGGCUAAGUGGAGACUACGUAUCUGAUGAGGGGCACUAUUGGGUGGGCAUGGACAUCAGCUCCGCCAUGCUGGACGCAGCUUUGGACCGAGAAACUGAGGGGGACCUGCUCCUGGGAGACAUGGGCCAAGGAGUCCCCUUCAGGCCAGGCUCCUUUGACGGCUGUAUCAGCAUUUCGGCCGUGCAGUGGCUCUGCAAUGCCAACAAAAGGUCCGACCAUCCUGCCAAACGCCUGUACUGCUUUUUUUCAUCGCUUUAUUCUGUGCUGAUGCGUGGAGCCCGGGCUGUCCUGCAGCUAUAUCCCGAGAACACAGAGCAGCUAGAGCUGAUCACCAUGCAGGCCACCAAGGCUGGCUUCACUGGCGGCGUGGUGGUAGACUACCCCAACAGUGCCAAGGCCAAGAAGUUCUACCUCUGUCUAUUUUCUGGGCCAUCGACGUUUCUACCAAAGGGGCUGAGCGAGGCUAAGGAGGAGGAGGCUGAGGAGUCCACCUUUACCAGUGAGAGGGUCUCCCACAGGACAAGGUGCCGGGUGGUGCGCAAGAGCCGGCAGUGGGUGCUGGAGAAGAAGGAGCGGAGGAGGCGGCAGGGCAAGGAGGUCCGGCCCGACACGCAGUACACCGGCCGCAAGCGCAAACCCCGCUUCUGAACACUCUUCUGCUUCCUGUGGCACGUUUGCUGCUUCCACCCGGGUCUGCAGUCACCAGCCCUGCCCAUUGCAGGUGGCUGCCCCUGCAAAGGUUUCUACUUCCCUGUUGAAGCAUCUACUCUGUGAUUACCUUUGUGGAGAGUCCUACUCAAGAUAUUUUUCUUCACACAAAGUCAA